UACAAUUCUUCACAUAGCAGAAAUCAAAAUUAAGAGGACAACGAAAACAUCAAAUAAUUCGAAUAUAAAUUCUCUCUGAUCAAAGAACAAGUAACACGACACGCUGAUCACUGAGAUAGGGUUACCGAGUCACCCAUGGCCGAUUUCCAAUCCUCAAGUCACAAAGCCAAGUGGAUCUUCACCCCUCAACAGUUGGCCGAGAAGUAUAAAGCUACUAAUAAUAGAGCGAAACAAAUGUUAGAGAAGUAUGGAACGACAAGAAUGAGAGUAGAUGUUGAUGGGUCAUUGUCAUAUCCAGAACCUCAAGUUAACAUGACAGAGAAUGCUGAUAAGCAUUCUCGUUCAAAACCAAUAAGUGUUGAGGAAGAACAAUUUAUGCGAGUAUACUAUGAGUAUAAACUUCGAGAAGUGUGUAGUGCAUUCUAUUUUCCUCAUAAAAUUCAGGCAACUGCACUCCUAUACUUUAAAAGGUUUUAUCUUCAAUGGUCAGUCAUGGAGCAUGAUCCAAAACAUGUAAUGUUAACCUGCAUCUAUGCAGCAUGCAAGAUAGAAGAAAAUCAUGUGUCUGCGGAGGAGCUUGGUAAAGGGAUUUCACAGGAUCAUCAAAUGAUUCUCAAUUACGAGAUGAUAGUUUAUCAGAGUUUGGAAUUUGAUCUUAUUGUCUAUGCACCAUAUCGAUCUGUUGAAGGUUUUGUUGCUGAUAUAGAGGAAUUCUGCCAUCCAACAGAUGAAAAUGUUGAAAAGCUGAAGGAAACUGCAGUGGCAGAGGUUGACAAAAUCAUGCUCACUGACGCACCCGUUAUGUUCCCUCCUGGGCAGUUGGCAUUGGCUGCUCUGCAGAGUGCAAAUGAGGUGCAUAGAGUUCUUGAUUUUGAGAGAUAUCUCGAGAGUGUCCUCUCUCGUCAGAAUUCUGCACACAUGAUUUCAGAGAUCAGUGAAUCUCUACAUGCCGUCGAGAAAUGGGUGAGGAAAUACAGUUUCCCUACGGAUAAGGAUAUGAAGCACAUAAAUCGGAAGCUGAAAUCAUGCUGGGGUCAUAACUCACACGAUGACAAUAAGAAAAGGGAGAAGAAAUCAAAACACAAAUCCCAUAAGAGUUCGAAUGAAAUGCAAAAUGGCCCAGGACUGACUUAAUUGUAUGUUGCUCCUUGUUCACAAGUGUUUCCUAUCUUAUUUAAACGAUUUACUAACUUGGUUUUUGCUUCCCAGAUUUUUGUUGGAGAUUAUAUUUAUGUACCAAUUUGGAUGACACAUCAGUCCAUUAAUAUCUUAUGGAAUUACAGAAGGUCCUUGUACUUUAAUUUGUCAUAUCUUGAUUUGUGCCUGGAAAGUUGAAAAUCGCAAUAGGGGCAGAAUUUUCUAAUUUGCCAUUGUACCGAUUUUAUGAAUGGACCCCAAAAUUUCUCUCCUAAUCCAGAACUCAAUCUGACAGCAAACGAUUGAAAGGUUUUUUGGAGGAGGGGAGAUACUCAUGCCAGUUAAGUAUAAGAUACAUGUUAUUAUUCA